GAUGGGUCGGUGAUUCUAUUAUCCAUUGGCGAUAAUGGAAUAUGGUAUUCAUCUUCUUAAUUAAAAGGUGUCUCCUCGUUCAAAGGUACAUCAUUCGAAAGCCCCAGGCUGAUACCAUACCUCUCCACAUUAUAGACCGACCAGCCCUCUUUCCAUUUACACUCUCCAUCCUCUCGACAUCUCAUACCAUACCAUACCACGCCUACUCGACCUCAUUAUACCUUUCUUGUUCAAUAUUUUUUAGACUUACCCAUUUAUAGAGGAUCUCGUGGCAGAAUCACCACGAUCAGGAAAUAUGGAGCUCAUCUACAUCAGCAACGAGUUUCUAUUCGACGAACUCCCAAACAUCUACAGGGAGCUUCAUCAGCGCAGCAAGAGCCGACAACACCCCAUCCUCGCACGGUUCUUGAGGGAGAGCACUGUAGCCAUCCGUGAGGAGGUUAAGCAGUUGCCAACAGAGCUCAGGCAGCUUGUUCCCACCUUUGAGAGCAUCCUUACAUUUGUCGAGUUUGCUGAACUCCGCAAGGGUGCUCUUGGUGGCUCUGCUGAUGGCAUUCUCCUUGCCGUCGCCGAGCUUGGAACUCUCAUUGCUUACUACGAAUCUAAUCCCAGUGCUUUUGGCCGCACUGACACCAACACCUACCUUGCCGGAUUGGGUAUUGGACUUUUGGCAACUCCUGCCAUCUCAUUGGCCGCAACCGUCGCUGACCUCCCUGUCAUCGGUGCUCAGGUCCUUCGACAGGCCUUCCGUCUCGGUGUCUUCGUCAACCAAGUCUCUGAGAACUUGCAGCAUCGUGACCCCAACGAUGAUGGCCCAUUGGACUCUUGGGCAUACGUCCUCCCCAAUGUCGCCCCCAAGAACGUCCAGGAGCAGCUCGACACCAUCCAGAAGCGCGAAAGCACUCCUGAGGCCGCUAAGAUCUUCAUCAGCGCAUACAGCGCCACCUCUGUCACAAUCAGUGGCCCUCCUGCCAGAUUAAAGACUCUCUUCAGCACCAUCGAGUUCUUCCGUGACACCAGGUCCAUUGCCCUGCCCGUGUACUCCGGCUUGUGCCAUGCCGCUCACAUCUACAAUGAAGAGCAUGUUCGCCAGAUUGUCAGGACUCCUUCGAUGGAGCGCAUCAACGCUCAAUACACUCCUCGCGUCCCCGUCUUCUCUACCAGCACUGGAAAGCCUUACCCUGCUAAGACCGCAACCGAGCUUUUCGAGCACAUCAUCUACGAGAUCAUGACCCAGGCCAUCCAGUGGGACAAGGUCGUGGAAGCUGUCACCCAGCGCGCCCAGAAGAACGCUAAGGCGGGCGCAAAGGUUGUCCUCUACCGAUCCUCUCUCCCAACCAUCGAGCUCGCUGGAGCUCUCAAGAAGAUCUCCGGCUUGAAUGUCUCUACCCAAGAGCUCGGACAGUGGCUCAACAGCAAGGACCCCGCCAUCAACAAGGAGCUUGACCCAAGCAACCGCGAUACCCUCCAGUCCAAGAUCGCCAUUGUUGGUAUGUCGUGCAGAAUGCCUGGUGGUGCCACCGAUACCGAAAAGUUCUGGCAGCUUCUUGAGGAUGGACUCGAUGUCCACCGCAAGAUUCCCGCUGAUCGUUUCGAUGUCGACUCUCACUACGACCCAACUGGCAAGCGCAUGAACACCUCGCCAACUCCAUACGGCUGCUUCAUCGACGAGCCUGGUCUAUUCGAUGCUCCCUUCUUCAACAUGUCUCCACGUGAGGCUCAGCAGACCGACCCUAUGCAGCGACUUGGUCUUGUGACCGCUUACGAGGCACUUGAGAGGUCUGGAUACGUUGGAAACCGCACUGCCUCCACUGACUUGCACCGUAUCGGUACCUACUACGGACAGGCUAGUGACGACUACCGUGAGGUCAACUCCGCGCAGGAAAUCAGCACCUACUUCAUUCCCGGUGGUUGCCGUGCCUUUGGACCAGGCAGGAUCAACUACUUCUUCAAGUUCUCCGGACCAAGCUACAACAUUGAUACUGCUUGCUCCUCGAGUUUGGCAACCAUACAAACCGCCUGCACCUCUCUUUGGGCUGGAGACAUUGAUAUGGCUGUUGCUGGUGGCACCAACGUGCUUUCCAACUCUGAUGCCUUCGCUGGUCUUGGUAACGGUCAUUUCUUGACCAAGACACCCAAUGCUUGCAAGACCUGGGAUUCUGAGGCCGACGGCUAUUGCCGAGCUGAUGCGGUUGCCUCCGUUGUCUUGAAGCGUCUUGAAGAUGCUGAGGCUGACAAUGACAACAUCUUGGGCGUCAUUCUCGCUGCCGGAACUAACCACUCCGCUGAGGCUAUCUCCAUCACUCACCCCCACGCUGGUCACCAGGCCUACUUGGGCAACCUUGUCUCCAACCGUGCAGCAAUCAACCCCACUGACGUUGGAUUCGUCGAGAUGCACGGAACUGGCACUCAAGCCGGAGACAUGGAGGAGAUCCAGUCCGUCACCAAUGUGUUCGCACCAUUGGCGAAGCGCCGCAGUGCUAAGAACCCCUUGUACAUUGGUGCUGUGAAAUCCAAUGUCGGCCAUUCCGAGGCUGCUGCAGGUGUUACUGCUUUGGUCAAGGUGCUCAUGAUGCUGAAGAAGAAUGCUAUUCCUCCUCACGUUGGUAUCAAGCAUGGCCUCAACCCCAAGUUCCCCAAGGACAUGGACAAGCGCAACGUGCGCAUCGCUUUCGAGAAGACUCCUUGGGAACAAGUUGAUGGCAAGAAGCGUCUUGCGAUGGUCAACAACUUUAGUGCCGCCGGUGGUAACACUAGCGUUCUGAUUGAGGACGCUCCUGAGAAGAAGCGAAUCGGCACCGACACUCGCCCCACGCAUGUCGUUGCCAUCUCAGCCAAGAGCAAGGCUUCUUUCAAGGGCAACCUCGAGAGGAUGCUUGCCUAUCUCGAGGCAAACCCAGAGACUUCUUUGGCGGACCUUUCCUACACCACCACAGCUCGUCGCUACCACCACAACUACCGCCUGGCUGCCCACUGCUCUUCCAUUGAGCAGGUCAAGAAGGAGCUCAACAAGGCUUUGAAGACUUGGGAUUCUCACAAGCCCAUCCCCAGCACUGGCGCACCUCCAGUUGCCUUCACCUUCACUGGUCAAGGAGCAUCGUUCAAGUCUUUCAACUUGGAGUUGUACCACCAGUCGCCCUACUUCCGAUCCCAGAUCCAACUCUUGGAUGCCAUCGCUAUCGGACAAGGCUUCCCUUCGUUCAUUCCUGUUCUUGAUGGCAGCCAUGAGCGCGAGCACCAGCACUCCCCCGUCAUGACCCAGCUUGCUCUUGUCUGCACUGAGAUUGCACUUGCCAAGUACUGGGGUUCUCUCGGUGUGAGGCCCGACGUUGUCGUUGGCCACAGCUUGGGUGAAUAUGCCGCUCUCCACGUCGCAGGUGUUCUCUCCGCUUCUGAUGCCAUCUACCUCGUUGGACAGAGAGCUAAGAUGCUCGAGGCCAAGUGCCAGGCUGGUAGCCACAAGAUGUUGGCAGUCCGAGCCUCCAUCGAGCAGAUCGAGAAGAGCGUCUCUGAGAAGAAAUUGCCCUACGAGAUUGCUUGCAUCAACGGCCCCAAGGAGACUGUCCUCAGCGGCCCAGUCGCUGAGAUCGCUGCUCUCACACCUGUUCUCGAGGCCGAUGGCUACAAGUGCUUCAGCCUUGAUGUUGCUUUUGCCUUCCACUCCGCCCAGACUGACCCCAUUCUGGAUGAGUUUGAGGCUAUUGCCAAGAGCGGAGUCCUCUUCCAGGCACCCAACCUUCCUGUCAUUUCGCCCCUUGUCAACAAGGUCAUCUUCGACGACAAGACGGUCAAUGGCAACUACGUCCGCCGUGCUACUCGCGAGACUGUUAACUUCCUCGAGGCUCUUCAGACCGCUAAGAAGAUUGGCACUUUGGAUGAUGACACUGUGUACAUCGAGAUUGGUCCCCACCCAGUCUGCGUUGGCUUCGUGAAGUCGAACCUCGGAGCUACUAACGCUUCUGUCGCUUCUCUCCGCCGAGGCGAGGACAACUUCUCCACUAUGGCAGCUGGUCUUGCUGCGUUGCACAACGCAGGUGUUCCAGUCAACUGGAACGAGUUCAACAGCCCCUUCGAGAAGUCGCUUUUCCUCCUCGACUUGCCAACCUAUGCUUGGAACGAGAAGACCUACUGGAUCCAGUACAAUGGCGACUGGGCUUUGACCAAGGGCAACACCUACUAUGAUGCCGAGAAGGCGGCUGCUAACCCUGCCCGAAUCGAGGCUCCCCCUGCAGCCAAGUCUUCUCUGAGCACUUCGACUGUUCAGCGCAUCAUCGACGAGUCCUUUUCUGGCUCCGCCGGUGCUGUUGUGAUGCAAUCCGAUCUUGCCCACCCAGACUUCCGUGCUGCAGCCUGGGGUCAUAAGAUGAACGGAUGUGGUGUGGUUACCUCUUCUAUCCACGCCGAUAUUGCCUACACUCUCGGAGAGUACUUCUACAAGAAGCUCGUCCCCACCCAUGGCAAUAAGCCCGUUUACCUUGACAUUGCUAACCUCGAGGUUGUCAAGGGCCUUGUUGCCAACGCUAACCCCAACACUUCUCAAAUCAUCCAGGUCUCUUUGACCACGGCUGAUAUCAACUCUCGUGUUGCCCAGAUGACCUGGUACAACUGCCACGCCAACGGCGCUGCCAUCGAUGAGCCGUUCGCUACCGCCAACAUCAUCUACGGCACUGCUGAAGAGUGGCAGACCUCUUGGGCUCCUCUGACCCAUCUUGUCCAGAGCAGGAUCGAUCAGCUCGAGCGCCUUGCCGAGCAGGGUGUUGCCAACCGCUUCAACCACAACUACGCCUACCUGCUCUUCGCCAACAACUUGGUUGACUACCACCAGAAGUAUCGUGGCAUGCAGUCCGUCGUCUUGAACGACUUCGAGGCCUUCGCCGACGUUACUCUGACAACCGAGAAGGGCGGAAACUGGACCGUGCCUCCCUACUUCAUCGACAGCGUAGCUCACUUGGCUGGUUUCAUCAUGAACGUCAGUGAUUCUAUCGACCAGAAGAACAACUUCUGUGUCACUCCUGGCUGGGAGUCUAUGCGCUUCGCGAAGCCCCUCGUUGCAGGAGAGAAGUACCGCUCCUACGUGAAGAUGAUCCCUACUGCAGACGAUCCUUCCGUCUACAUGGGCCAGGUCUACAUCUUCCAAGACAGCGAGAUCAUCGGUAUGGUCGGUGGCAUCAAGUUCCGCAGGUACCCGCGAAUCUUGCUCAGCCGCUUCUUCUCCGCGCCAGAUGAUUCCAAGGCACCUCCGGUUGCUACUGCACCUUCCUCGCACGCUCUUCCGGUCGCUGCCCUCAAGGCACCUGCUCCUGUUGUCGCUAAGCCCGCUCCCGUCCCAGCUGCACCCGCUCCUAAGGCUGCUGCUCCUGCUCCUACUCCUGCUCCUGCCCCUGUCGCUGCCGCUCCCGAGCCUAAGGUCGUUGCUGCCGCCGCAGAGGUUCCAGAUCUCGCCAACUCUGACACCACCACUGCUAAGGCUAUCCGCAUCAUCGCCGAGGAAUCCGCAUUGGAUCUCGCUGAUUUGACCGACGACGCCAACUUUGCCAACUUGGGUGUUGACUCUCUCAUGUCCCUUGUCAUUGCUGAGAAGUUCCGUGAGGUGCUUGGUGUUGUCGUUACCGGCAGUCUGUUCCUCGAGUACCCCACAAUUGGUGACCUGAGGAGCUGGUUGGAUGAGUACCACUCUUAGGUGGUUUGAGAAAUGAGUGUGUGAGAGAGAUAGAUUAUAAUGAGGCAAAUUGCAUUUCCUUUGGUCAAUUUCCUUUGUAAUGGGUUUGGGCGCGGGUCAUAUUCCAUAGUAUUUCUUAUCAUCUCAUAAUGGCGAGAUGAUUUUAAAAUCAUUUCUUGUUAGAUUUCAGAUAGAAUAAUUUUACGUUUCAACGAAUUCAAAU